AUGGACUUCGCCGCAUUGAUGUCCAAGGAGAUUUCCAAAGCCAAGGGUAGCGAAGCCUCCAAGCCAACCAAAAAAACUGCAAAAGGCUCCCCGACAGUGCCCACAAAGAAAUAUAUGCGACGAGGCGAUGUCGAAGCUGCCCGCAUUGAAGCUUAUAAUGAAGAACAAGCGCAGUUAUCACGCGAACGUGACGAACGCAUGGCGAAUAAACGCAAACUUGAUGACGAGGAAGCGGAGCGAAACCGAGAUCGCGAGGAAAAGAAGCGACGGCUAGCGGAGGAGUCCAAGGCGAAGAGAGAGGCGGAAGAAAAGGCCAAAGAACGGGAACGGCGACAGAGGCUCGGACUGCCUGAGCUGCCUGAAAAUACCUCCGCCGAUGGGGAUGAGGAGGAAGACAUCGAGGAGCAGGAGCUAAUCACAAAACUACGGGAAAUGAAUGCCCCAAUACAGUUGUUUGGGGAGGACUAUCGAGCACGCCUUCGACGAUACCGUCGUUUAGUUCAACGGGCUGCGGUUCCCAAACAAAAGAUCACUGACGGGCCUAUUCCCACCACCUUGGAGCCUGUGUCUGGUGGACAGAUGAUCAUUCCAGCAAAGAUUCCAAAAGAUAAGGAGAAUCGCCUGUUCCUUUUCCGACAGUUGGGGUCUUACUUCAACAUGGUUUUGUCUGAAUGGGAAACGGCACUGGCAAAGCGUGAUGUCUCAGUGCGAGAAAGUUUCCAGGGAAGGCAGGCUUUCAGCGCCAUGACUCAGUCACGCGAAAACAUGACACCGCUGUUCCGCCUCUUCGAAAAGUCCGAGCUAGAGGAUGGCCUGCUGGAACCUAUUGUUGAGAUCGUCCACAAAGCACAACAGCGGCGAUAUGUUGACGCCAAUGAUGCUUAUCUACGAGUGAGCAUUGGUAAAGCAGCGUGGCCCAUUGGUGUGACCAUGGUUGGUAUUCACGAGCGAUCUGCACGAGAGAAAUUACACCAGAGUGACCAACAAGCACAUAUUCUGAGCGAUGAGAUUACUCGCAAAUACCUGCAAAGCAUCAAGCGCUGCUUGAGCUUUGCACAGGUUCGCUGGCCACCGGAGGAUCAAUUGCAGAUCAUGGGCUAA